AAACCGACUUCCUCUGCCGGUAUCAGCUGACAGAUUAGCUUGUUUACAGGAGGUUAGAAGUAGUUGUUUUCAAAAAGAAGAAGACAGUUCCACAAACCAGAAAUGUCUGUCAGAACAUGGCUUAAUAAACUGAAAAGCUUCAGUUCGCUGUCAGUGUUUAGAGAGGCUGCCACAGGCAAAAAGAAGUCUUACAGGGUGUAUGGAUUUGCAAUAAUUGCUUCAGGAGUUGCUGUUUACUCAACAGUUAAAGCUGAAAAUGCUAGGUGGCCAGAUUUUGGAGGUGCUAAGAGACCAGAUUUUUCAACAUUUAUGGCAGACCCAAUAACGAAAAAAUCAGAUAUGAUGAUGAACAGAAAUGAUAUGAAAACAAAAAUGGAAUUAUUAAUUAUGAGAAUCCAGGCGGAAGUCUGUAGAGCUCUAGAAGCAGAGGAAGAUCCAGGUGUAAAAUUCAAAGUUGAUCGCUGGGAAAGAAAAGAGGGCGGUGGUGGCAUUACAUGUGUUCUUCAGGAUGGUGUUGUACUAGAAAAAGCUGGUGUCAACAUAUCUGUGGUGUCAGGAACAUUGCCAGAGGGAGCAGUUGCUCAGAUGAGAGCCAGAGGGAGAAAGAACCUUGAGGGAAGCCUUCCAUUUUUUGCAGCUGGUGUAAGUGCUGUAAUUCAUCCUCGUAACCCAAUGGUACCAACAAUUCAUUUUAACUACCGCUACUUUGAAAUAAAAGAUAAAGAAGGAAAAACACAGUGGUGGUUUGGUGGCGGCACUGAUUUGACUCCUUACUAUCUCAAUGAAGACGACUCAAAACACUUCCAUCAAGUGCUGAAAGAAGCCUGUGAUAAGAUUGAUGAUACAUACUACCCAAAAUUCAAAGAAUGGUGUGAUAAUUACUUUUAUAUAACCCACAGGGGUGAAAGAAGAGGAAUCGGAGGGAUUUUCUUUGAUGACUUAGAUCAACCAUCUCAAGAUCGAGCUUUCAAAUUUGUUGAAACAUGUGCUGAUGCUGUAAUCCCAUCAUAUAUUCCACUUGUCAAGAAACACAAAGAUGAUGGUUACGGGUACAGAGAAAGAACCUGGCAGUUGCUUCGUAGAGGCCGUUACGUGGAAUUCAACCUGAUAUAUGACAGAGGAACAAAAUUUGGUCUUUACACACCUGGAGCUCGCUAUGAAAGCAUACUUAUGUCUCUACCACUUGUAGCUCGAUGGGAGUACAUGCAUGAACCAGAUCCAGAUUCUCCAGAAGCAAAAUUGAUGGAAGUGCUCAGAAAUCCGAAGAACUGGGUAUAAUUUUGUAAGCAGAAUCAUGACCUAAAAACUGAAGAGUAUAUUUUUGUAAUAACAGUAUUCAACUGUGUGCUGGUUUUGUAAAUAUAAGAAUUGUGAAACUUUUAUAUAGUUGUUUCAAAGUCGUAGUUGUUUUAUAUAGUGUUGAUGUGCGGGUGAAAAAUACUGAUUCAUAAGUCCUUAAAAAAAUUAAAUGUAUUUUUCUUAUGAACUUUAA